AUGAUCCCACGAACUCGCUUCAAUGUGCCCACAAAAAUCAACGACAAGGUGUACAGCUUCCAUCGCCAUAAAGAAUCGAUGCAACAAGGGACUAUCUUAUACAGAUGUUUGGGACCCAGGAAGCAGACCGGAAAAUACACUUCGAUUCCGGUGAAGAACAACAUUUUCCAAGUGACCCUUGUGCCUUGGAACACAACUGUGUGCCCAUCAAACGACAUGAAAAUAAAGCCAAACGAGUGGCUUACGAGAGCUGUCAGAGGCUGCGGAAGGACAAGACGGCGCAAGAACUUGCCCAAAAAGACACCACUCGGACACGGCGCAUUCAAUCCUGAAUCUGUCGUGCGCACGUACGAGGAAAGAAAUUCUUACAAAAGUUUAGCGCGGGCGGUUAUGAGAAGAAGAGGAAAACAUUUUCUAGAGCAGCGUCGGCCCAAAUGA